UCCUCAGACAAAACCGGGCCAAAUUCUGUAUUCGCUGGCUCAACCAACCGUUCUCUUCUCCUCCUGCGUGACAUUUUGUUAAAUCUUCGAAUCGUUAACUUUUUGUGCCGUGGUGUGUUAAUGUUACCGAUUUUAGGACUUAAAAAGAAUUUUUUUUAUCUUCUAAACAUGUCGGCAAAAGUUGUAUUAGAAAACGUAAAACGACAGGCAAAUGAAGCCCAAAAAACCAUUACCCAAUUAAAGGAUGAGUUGGAGAUAAUCACGGAAGCAUACAACACUUUAAGAUGCCAUCAAUUGCGAGAAGAAAAUAAAAAACUUUUAUUGGCAGUAGAAGCUACGAAAAAAAAUUUGGUGAAUUUGGAAAUUAAAAAUGGUGUGAAGCAAGUGGGGAUUGUCCUCAACAAAUCCGCAAAGAUCAGCGACACCUGUAAAGAGAUACCCAAGCAGCAAGCUGCUGUUGCAGAGAAAAAUGAAAAGAAAAGUGCAAGUAAGAAGAAGACCGAGCAGGUUGCAAAACCAAAGAAUGACAAUGCCAAAGAUUCCGAAGAGAUUAUUGAUGUUGGUCGUUUGGACUUGAGGAUAGGCAAAAUUGAGCAUGUCAAGAAACAUCCCGAUGCAGACAGCUUGUACGUUUUAAAAAUUAGCUGCGGUGAAGAUCAGCCAAGGACUGUAUGUUCAGGUCUCGUUAAAUUUGUACCAAUUGAACAGUUGGAGAAUAAAAGCGUGAUGCUGUUAUGUAACUUAAAGCCUGCAAAGAUGCGUGGUGUCACAUCAGAAGCUAUGAUCAUGUGUGCAUCGUGCUCAGAAGCAAUCGAAGUUUUGUCUCCACCACCUGGUUGUAUCGCCGGCGAAGCGGUACAUUGUGAAGGAUAUACUAGAAAUCCAGACCUGAUUAUGAAUCCUAAAAAGAAAAUAUUCGAAGCUAUUGUGCCUGAUUUAGCCACAAAUGAGACUUUAGAAGCUUGUUACAAGGGUGCCCCUUUCUAUGUUCCUGGCAAAGGAAAGUUUUUGUCACUCACUCUUAAAAAUUGUCCUGUAAAGUAAACUGAAAUGUAACUUAUUAAGGGGAAAUCAUAAUUGGAAAAUUGUUUUGUUUUUGUUCUGUAAAACCAUUUUUCCAGCAUAAUUAUUAAAAGUCUAUUUGGGCUGUGUGAUUCAA